AUGCGGAGUUAGAGGUGAUGGCAGUGCUGCAGCCAAGUCAUUGUUUUGGCAACCUAGGAAGGGGCUCUCAUAUGUAUUGACAUUUGAAUCAGAGCGAGAAAGAAAUGCAGCCAUUAUGAUUGCAAGAAAAUAUGCUCUUGACUGCAACGUAAUGCUUGCUGGACCAGAUGAUCGAACAUAGACAGAAAUCUAACCGACACAAUGAUUACAACUGUGAGUAUAAUUAGGUUUCCAUAGUGUGAGAGUAAUAUGAUGUAUGGUGUGUUUGUGUUUGCCAGAAGGAACAUUCACUAAUUUGGUUGCGCUGUUUAGGCAGUGUUUUUGUUUUGCCUAAUCAUUUUUUUGUAACGAGUUUGUUUCUUAAUUGAUUGAUUUGUUUGUUGACAGUUUGCUUGCAAAUUUGUCAAGAACGUGCUUGAUAAUUCAAAAUUUGCUUAUGUAUUUAGUUCUGUGCUUGGCAGAAGAUAGCAUUAAUAACACAAAACAAAAUACAGUCUGGGCCCUCUGGGGACUUAAUUAGUCCCAUUCAUAUCAGCGUGCAAAUGCAUGUCCAAUCCUAAAGGAUAGCAUUGGAGCAAACGGUAAGAAAAAGUGGGCAGAGAAUGGUCCAUAUUAGCAAGAAAAUCAACAUACAUAUUAGCCUCCCCGAACACAUGUCGGGGUUGAACUUGAGGACCUGAGGCCAGCACCGCCCUGCAAUCCAAAAUUAAGGUAUAAGGGGGUGAUUCUUAUAGUGAUUGUUUGAGAUAAGAAGCAAAGCCACAGAGGAAUCCAUUUCCACAACAACAGAACUAAAAUUUAGCUGUUGAAAUGAGAAGACCAUCACGGAUUCCCCAAAGUUCCGCAGCAAGGCUUUAAGUAUGCUCAAUUUUUCUGGUGAAACCAGAAAUCCAAUGCCCCGGGUGAUCUCUGAUAAUACCACUAGCAGCAGCCGGCCCAGGAUUGGUGAUAGCCCAACCAUCAGUGUGCAGUUUAACCCACCCCAAGGGGGGUGUCUCCCACUGGACAUGAUUAAUGGUUUUCAUACAACGGUCAGCAAGGGGAGAGGGGUUAACAGCACAAAAUUCGAAAGUUCUUUCCAAGAAAGUGCAUUGUUAAUCUGCUAAUUGCAAAUGUUUAACUGAUUGUGCUUGCUGUUUUUGAUAGGGAAUGAGAUAUGGGAUUAGAUAUUAAAUAUCAAAGAAAAAGAAAAAAGCUCCAUUGUUUUAUCUUUGAUUAAUGUUUUGGAAAAUUUAAAGAUUUCCUAUUGUUUACAUGGAAAACAAUAAAAAACAUAUUUUUUA